AUAAACGGCCUCCCUGCCCCCUGCUUGUGCGCGCUCCCUGGGAGCUCGCAGCACCGUGAUCCGGUGCCCGCUGUGUCCUCCCCCGAUCAUGUGAUCACUGAUUGGCCAAUCAGUGAUCACUUGUGACAUCAUUGCUUACUACGUGUGAAAUCUGUGAAUGAUCACAGAGGUCACAUGGUACAAGGCUAUUCACAACAGCCUUGUACCAUGUGACAAGCUGUGACCAAUCACAGCUCACUCAGUAC